AUCCCUCCCUUCAAACAAAAGCCAUUAUAUGUAGCUAUAUAUAAAUAAGCCAUGUUUCAAUACUCAUCUGUGCUUGCUUCUAUAUACUCUCUCAGAUAACUUCAGCAGCUUCCAGCCUUCCAGAAUAUGAUCCCUAAUCUUUCUCCUUUAGAUUCAGUUCAGCAAUAUCUUCUUCAGGAUGAUCCUUCCUCUAUGAUUCUCAUGAACGUCUUCCUCACGAGUAAUAAUAACCCUAGUUUUAACCCUAGCCGCGAUAAUUCUUCGCCGGAGCAGGACGCUAGUAACUCAAGUGGCACUGCUUUUUCCGCCGAGCAUGACGAUGGUGUGAGAUCUCCGGCAGGUGAUCAUAGGGUUGAUAAUGUUAGCAAUGCAGGAUCUGUGGUGCGUGAAGGGAACGCGCCACCGAGAUGGAAGAAUUACAGAGGUGUGAGGCGGCGGCCGUGGGGGAAGUUCGCGGCUGAGAUCCGGGAUCCGAAGAAGAACGGUGCAAGGAUAUGGUUGGGAACUUAUGAGAGGGAGGAGGAUGCAGCUUUGGCUUAUGAUAGAGCUGCUUUCAAGAUGAGGGGUAGAAAAGCCAAGCUGAAUUUUCCUCACCUCAUUGGAUCGGAGCCACUACCGGAGCCGCCAAGAGUGGUUGCUGGACAGAAGCGGCGCCGCUCACCGGAACCUUCAUGGGCAUUGGGGAAUACAUCUGAGGAUGGUGGAUCUCAAGGGUUAAGGAAGAGGAAGAACUUGGCUGGGUUAUUGAAUAAGUUAGCAACAAAUGGAAAUCUAAGCCAGAAGCUUGAAAUGGCAUUGAUGAAGGCAUAGGUCUUGUCCUUUUUUUUUCUUCUGUUUUUCUUUCCUGAAAAAAAAAGAAAAUACGAAAAUCAUGGGUUCGAUAUGUUGUAAAUCAAUAAGAAGCUCUGAACAAUUAUUUCAAUUUUAAUGCGAAAUAUCUUGACGUAAAA